CUACAACACAAAAGGCUAGUUCAGUUUCAAACCACUACCAUUUUUCAUCUCAGGUUCAAAACUUAUAAAAUUAAUUUUCAAAAGUAGAAACUUUUUUAAUAACUUUAAUAUUCAAAUAGUACACAUUAUUUCAAAUAAAAAUUUCUAAGUAAUACAUGAAAACCAAAAUGUCCACUGAAAGAAUAAAAAAUGUCAGACAUGAAUCAAAUAUUACUAAAGGAGGUAUGAUAGUAAUGUACCUUCUCAUUCGAAGAAGCACAUAAACAAAAAUAAGACAAAAUUUUAUAAUAGGAAUAGAAACACAAAUUGCUGUAGCUAUGUAGUAUAAAAUGGGGACUAAUUCCAAUUUAGUUGACAAAAGACUAAGAUUUCAAUAGGUAAGGAAAAAGUUAAAAAUAUUCAAGGAUUAUAGCAUAAGCAAAAGCAUGAAAGUGCAAAGUGAGUGAGUUCAGAGAAGUCAGUUAUAUCGAACAUUUGGAAUAAUGGAUGUAUGUAGUAACUGAAGCAUAAAGAGGAUCAUGUUAUGGGUCGGGGUGGAUCCUGAAUACCUGAAAAUUUAGAAUAUAAAGCUACCGAGUUUUUCAGGAGGGAAGAGAUAAUGUUUUCGGAAGAUAAUAUGGCAGAUCCAUGAAGGGUGUGUUGGAGAAUACAGAAAUCAGUAAAGUGUUUUAAUAGUAUAAGCAAAGAAUGAUGAGUUUCUGAAAUAGGGGAAGUAGCAGUGGAUGUGAAGAAUAAGGGAGAUGGAGGAGUCAAAUAUAACACCAAAAUUUCUACACGAAGCGGUAACAUUUAGUGAUAGCAUUUAGCACUUUAGAUUGAAAACAAUGAAUUCAAAAUGGAAAAUAGUAAGCAAAUGCUUUUCCCUUAAACUUAGAAAAAAAUUAUCUUCUACUUACGCAUAUAAAUUAUAAGAAUGUAUUAUGUUACCAAAUACAACAAACCUUUAUGAACUGCUCAUACAGUUGUUUAAUUGUUUUCAGUCUCUGGCUCUGAACAAUUCUAGAUUGUUGAAAAACUUUUUGUUGUUGUCGAAACAUAUUCUACAAAUGUAAAAGAAAGAAAUUUGGGUAAAAUUUAGCAAAAAGUAAUUCGACAUUAAACUUAAAAGAAAUAGUUUUUACAUCAAUAUUUUUAAGAUUUUGUUUUAACAACUAUUAUGACUGAGUUUAGAUAAUUUGUGUUCACCACUUAGAUACAACAAUAAUAUAAUCCUACCAGUCAUUGAACAGGGUAUCUCAGCAGUACUCAAAACAUGUCUUAAUUCUUGUUGCUUUCAACAUCAACACAGUGAUCCUUCCAGUAAUGCUGGUCUUUCAGUUUCUUGGCCUAUUUGCUACCAAUGACUACCUUACUUUAGCCAUCCACUUAUAUACUCAUACCCUAGAUUUUGUCAUUAUCAAUAUACUAAACUCUACAUUAUAUUAAUAAUAGCAAACUUCAUAUUAACAAUCUGUUAGCUAGGAAGCAGGAAGCAAAGACCAACAGCUUUUAUGAGUAUGGUAUGUGCCUGUACUUCUGGUUGACCAUUCAGCAGGAUCAAACAUAGCCAGCAAUGGGUGAUGGAACCUGGCUAAAUUCCAUGGAUGUACCAUAAGGCUAGGUUCUCAACUCCUACUUGACACUUGGUUAUAAUAGAUUAACCAUAAAGCUAUAGAGCUAAGCAUAAUACUAACAGCUAGUUUUUCUUCUUGUUCCUCAGCUUUCUGCACAUCUAUAUCCCACUGCUGGAACAAAGUCAGAAACUGCUGAGAAUAUUCUUGGUUAAGCUUCUGCCUGUAAAACAUUAUAAUGAAUAUUGUCAUAUUUCAUAUAAAUAUGGAAAAAAACUUUCAGAACAAAAUUGAUUUGACAUAAUUUAUACUAUAAUAAAUGAAGGAAAAUUUUAGAUGUGAAACCAAGAAGUAAAAUUAUGAUUUAUGCUGAUUCCAGAAGUAUUUUUUUUCCUAACUAGCCAACAGAAAAGCCUUCUCAUGUGCUUUAGCUCCUGAAAACUGAGGAAGUUUUAUUGUAUAUAUAAAUUUUCCAGAAAAGUCCAUUUUAUCUCCAGGCAAUUUAUUUUUCAUUUUCUCCUAUUGAAUAUAGGCUAUAGUAAGAUAGAUUUCAAUGAAGUUAUUAUAUUUAUCAUAUAAGAUUUCCAAAUAGAAAUAUUUCACACAAUUUUCCCCCAUUUUGGUACAAAAGUUAUUUUGUACAAAAGAAUAGUUAAUUCAGCUAAAAAAUACAAAUUACAUAUAAUACAUAACUGUUUAACAAUGUAGAAAAAGAACAGUUAACUGUCAUAAAACUAAUGGUUUAUAUGACAUUUACUUUUUAUUCAGCUAGUGUAUUUCUAAAAUGAGUUUUGCCUUUAUAGUAAAAAAGAAAACACAAAACUCAGUUGUUAUUUAAAAGGAGGAAAAGUUAAUCUUUACUGAUUUCUAGAAAAUAUAUCUCAGGUCUAUGAAAGAAUUAGGUUAUAGGACUAAAGGACUGAGAGGAAAAUCAAGCCAAAUACAUUUUUUACUAGAGACCCCAGUAAAUGGAAGAUGAUAGUACUUUUCAUAAUUUGCAGCAAUGAAUACUAUGAAAUAAUACAAAUGUGGUGGUGAAAAAACCCAACAACCUUACCUUUGCUCUUGUUGGGUUUUCCAAACAUUUUCAAUUUUCUGGUUACUGGUUUUGAGAGAAGCCUUGGUAUACAUUUCUAGUUUUUUUCUCUUGGCAAGAAGAGCCUUGUUAAUAUCAGCUAUAUUGAAAAUAAAUAUUCAUUAAAUUUGAUGUUGAAUAAAAUUUUAUUCCUACAUAUUCAAAUAUGGAUAAAGCUGGUUCAACAGUUUGGGAGAGAUAUUUAAAAUUAAAUUUUAAAACAUGCAUAAUAUCAAAAAGAAAGAUUAUUUGCUCGCUUUUUUUCUGAAAAAACUUUCAGUUAUUGUUAUCCUAAUUCUGAUUUUUUCCUAACUAGAGAUAUUUUUUUAAUUUAGAGAUGAUUAAAAAGAGCUAAUAAAUGAAAAGAGUCUCAAGGACAGACUUUAAUUUCUUCAUGAGAAAACACCAAUAAAGGCUAAAUAUUUCUUAAUUUACAAAAUACUCUCCAACUGAAAGAAUAAAUUUAGAUGAAUUAUUAUAGGAAAUACAUAAAACUAUUUUUAAAAAAGAAUCCAAAAAGUAUAAAAAUAAAGAAUAAGAAAAUGUUUUAAAAAUACAGUCAGUGAUACUUUAAAAUAUAUUUUUACUAAAAGAGACAAAGACAAACAGAAAAAUCUUAAGUAUGUAGAUAAAUUCACUCAAGAACCCUUUUAAAUACUUUUGUGGAGCUUUCUAUAGGACAUUUUUACCCAUAAAUACUGCAUUUCAUAAAAUUUUUAAUACUUCAGAUAAUGCUUUGCUAAACACGUACAUAAGGGUCUACCAUCAAUAGUUAUUUUUUCAGUAAUGAAGUGACCUACAUUAUUAUAUAAAUAUUAUAUUUCCAAUGUCCAUCUGCAAUAAUAAAUUUAUAAUACAGAUUACAAAACAAGCAUUUUGCCACUACCAAUAGUGCAAAGCUUUCAGAAAGACUUGGAUUUUAUGAAUAAUCCAUAGAGAAGAGCCAAAUAUUGACUCUUUAAUAAUAAUAUCCCCUAACACAGUUAAUAUAACUGAUAAUUUGACAUACAAUUUAAAAUUUAUGAACUUUGUACAUCUUACUAGCAAAGUUGUCUGUAAUUCUCUGUUAUAUAGCUUAACAAUGUAAAACUAACAGUUAUUUUAAAGGCUUCAAUUUAUACUGCCUCUCCUAAAGAAAAGAACACAAGAAUGUCAUAGAAAAUAACUAAAUUGUGAAAAUGAAAAACUGACAUAUACAGAUAGGUGUGUGUUUGCAUCACUUACUCCAUGAAAGUCCAUACAAAGAAGGAUAGACACUCCCCAUCCAUUUUUGUUCUACAAUUCCACAGUCCAUUAAACUCGUAUAAAAUAAAAGAACCAUUCUUACCUCACCAUUCUUAGCACCAUUCUCACUCUUCAUAUCAACGAUUAGAAAAGGCUAGUAAGGAAAUCUAUGAAGAUGAAUCACAUAUACUUGUGCAAAAUCUUACACGAACAAAGCAUUAAACAGUUUUAUAGUCCACUAAUUAUCAUUUCCUACUAAACAAGUUUUUUGGCUUAAAACAAUUUUUAAUACAAAUGUCUUCUAAAACAUACCUCCAAAUUUUUCCAGCAUAUUUUGUACUUCACCACUGUGAAAAGAUUACAUUAAAAAGCUUUUAAUUAAAGAUCCAUAAAAUAGCAUGCUCAUUUUGGAAGAAACCUCACAUACCCAGUAUUUUAUGUACAAUACUCGUUAGAUAACCAAAUAGACUUUUCUUAAAGUACUUUAUCUUACAGGUGACCAUUGUUGGAGUAUAUUACCCCAUAUCUUCAACUACUGCUGCAGAAGUCCUUUUCUUCCCAUGCUUGUCAGGUACCAGAGUCUUCCCUGCAUUGACAAUAAAAAAUAUACAUAUAUAUUUGAAAUUAGGUAUGCUAUUUUGGUAAUUUUAAUAGAAUAAUAAUAUCUUAAUUUUGAGGUCUUUUAGGCUUUCUGCCAAGGUAAGUUUUUAAAGCAGACAUAUAAAUGCAAUACUUUCUCUGCAGGUUAGAUGGAAUUAAAUGAGGAUCCAGGACCAUUUUAAGAGAACAGUUUUGCAAGUCUUCCUGUGUUAAUGUCAUAAUUAGCCAUGUACUAUUUAUCAGACAUUUUGGGAAUAAUGACUGCAAAGGCUAGAGAUGCUAUAUAAGCUUCUCUAACUCCAAAUGAGAAACAUGAAGUACACGAAAAAUACUUUACAAAUAAAGCUUUAUUAUAGCUUAAAAUGUAAUGGGUUCAAAACAAACGAAUUGCAGGACAUGGUCACUGCCCAACAACAUUAGAUAUAUGGUACCUUCAGUAGCCUCCUCUUCUGAACCACUCAGAUCUUUUUUAUCUUCUUUCUCAAAGUCAUAGGCUUUUGCAACCUGAUCUUCCAUGGAUGUCUUCCCAGAUUUCCCGACCCAAAGUGAAGUCGUAGUUUCUGACAGGAUCGAUUACGAGCCCGCCCAAAAGAAGUCACAGCAACAGAAAUAUAAAAAUAAUAAAGCAACAACAAAAAAAAUAAAUGUUCUGCGUUCUGUGCCGCGGAAAAAGACGUUGAGAAAGAUUUCCACCACACAGGCCUCGAAGGCCAAUAAAGGGGAGCCCUGGGUUCACUGGAAUGGUUUCUGUGGCUUGGGGCGCACAAACGAGGGCCCACCCUCUUCCCUGCUGUCACCUGUCCACCCGCCCUGGCGUCGCGUCGUCAGAACCACCACAGCCCGCACCUUUCCGCCCGCCCCUCACCCGCUCACAGCCCUGCCCGAAGGGCGCGUCACUGCCCUCAAAUUCCUGUCAGAAUCCCCAAGUAGAGUCUGUGGGGAAGAUUCACCUCAGGGGUCAAGAGUAGCCCGGAGCUCAGACACCCGCGCUGGACAAACGCUCCCCUCCUCACGCCUGAAAAACACCCCAAAGGCCGAGGGCCACAGUUACAGUCCUCCGGACAGGCGUCCCCACUGCGCCAGCCUCCCGGACCCCCGCACCCAACCUGACGCUUCCCCUUCGCUGCCGCGACGCUCCUCUGAGGAGAUCAAAAUUUGCGCGGGGAAAAAAGCCUGCCUGGCCCCGCCCAGGAGCGUCGCUGAUUGGUUGGCUGUAAGGCGCAUGCGUGCAGCAGCCCUGGGGCCCACCCCACCGGGCAAAAAGCCCGCGCGAUGCUGACCCAGAGCGCCUUGCCGGCGGCAGUGAGUGGGUUAUGCACCUGAAGUCGGUUGCUUUCUUGUGUCUCUUCGUGAUUCAAGGUUAAAAUUGUUAUGAUAUUUUAAUAAUAAAGUAGCAAAAGAAUAUGUAAUUUAUGAAAUAUGAAGAACACACAACUUAAUUUGUGAAGUAGAAUUUUACCAGAACCCAUUGAAUCUCCUCAGAAUGUCCUUUCCAUCCCAUCCCCCACCCCAUUCCCUAUUCAGGGAUUUUUUUUUAAUUAUACUGAAUUUUGUGUAAAUCAUUGGACCCUCUCAUUUUCUAAGUUAUUUUCCCCCACAUACAUGUGUCCUUAAACAACCCUGUUUAGUUUUGGAUGUGUUUGGGGAGUACAAAAAGUUCUACCAUAUUCUAUGCAGUGUUCUGCCACUCGCUUUUUAACAUUACGUCACUAAAAGAAUCUACAUUAUUACAGGUAGCCAUAAUUCUUUUAUUUUCACUGCUGCAUAAUGUUACAUUGUGCCUCUCUUCCACAAUUUAUUAAUUGAUUUUCUUGUCUGGGCACAUGUGAGUUAUUUUCAGAUUACAGCUUAUAUAAACCAUGCUACUAUGAAUAUUCUAAUCUCUUGCUAAAGUUUUUACAGAGUAUCUGGGUGUGAAGUUGCUCUGUCAUAGGCUAGAUGCUAUUACGUAAUGCCAAGUUGGUUUCCAAUUUAUACUCCCACCAAAUGAGUGAGUUCCCAUUGUUCAAUGUACUCAUCACUUGGUAUAGACAGAUUUCUUAAUUUUGCCAUUCUAGUAGAUGUAAAAUGAUACUUCUUUGGGGACUUCUUUUAUAUUUCUCCUAUCAAGUUGUAAGAUUAAGCUAUUGCUAUGCUUAUUGGCCAUUUGCAUUUCCUUUUCCUUAAAAUAUCUGUUUGAGUUUCUCAUUUUUAAUUGGGUUAUGUGUUUCUUAUUGAUUAAUAGGCAUUUAUAUAUACUAGAUAUUAAUAUUUAUAACUGGUUUUCUGUAUCUUUUCAAAGAAAUUUAUCCUGAAGUCAUAAAAAUAGAAAGAUUUCAGAUUUUAUUUUUCAUUUUUAAGUCUUUGGUCAUCUAGAAUUGAUUUUUGUGCCUGGUGUCAGGUAGGAUCCAAUUACCGCCCACCCCCACCACCCACCAAUGCAGAAGCCAAUUCAUUGAAUAGUGCAUGUUAAAACAGCUAUGUCAUCUCUCAAGUUUCUGUAUGUUCUUGACUCUGCUUCUCUAGCCUGUUCCACUAUUCAGUUUGCUUAUCGCUGUGCCGAAACAACAGUUUUCAUCGUUCUAGCUUUGGCAUCUACUAGGGCAAGUCUCACACCUUAUUUUUUCUUCAGGAGUAUCCUGUAUAUUCUUGGACUUUGCUUUUCAAGUAAAUUUUAGAAUUAGUUUUCCAUUAAAAAAAAAAACUACUGGAUUUUGAUUGGAACUACGCUAAAUCUAUAGAUCAAGUUGGAGAGAACUGAGUCUUCCUAUUCUUGAACAUACCAUAUUUUCCAUUUAUUUAGAAUUUUAAAAAUAUCAUUCAAUAAAGUUAAAAAUUUUUCCCUAUGUAAGGUUUGUAACUUUUACUGGAAUUAUUCAUAAAUAGCAUAUUUUGCCUCAAUUUUGUUCUAAUUGUUGCUGGUAUAUAAAAAUCCAAUUUAUUUCUGAUAUGGAUCUUUUUCUUAUAUCCAACAAUUUGCUAAGCACUCUUGUUACUUCUAAUAACUUGUAGAGUCUGGACUCAUACUGUAUCAUCGGUGAAUAAUAACAUUUUUGUUUCUUUCU